AUGUUAGGUCGGCAAUCAUUUAUACCAAAGCUUUUGUUCAUAUUGUUCACGUUGCCAUUUACUACAUGCAUAGUGUUUGAAAGAUCUGCCCUAAUUAUUGGCUCUCAAACAAUAGAUGACGGGAUUACCGUAGACGCUGGUAUUACAGGAGGAUUCCUUAAAUUUUCGCUAAUAGAGAUCGAGGGUGAUAUAACUAAUAAUGGCGUACUCUGUGUCGGUGGAUAUGGUGGUGAUUCUAAUCUUAACAUCGAUAUUUUUUCACCUACCUUGGCAAAUAAUGGUGUCAUGCUUGUGGGUAAUUGGUUUAAUGAUUUUUAUUUUUUAAAAGGUGAUAAUUUUUACAACGAUGGUUAUUUUGGCAUGUGUACAUCUACACCUACAACGGAUCCCCAAUUUGCUGUGGAAAUUUCAUUUCUAACGAGUUUUGUUAAUGAGGGGACAAUGUUUUUGUAUAAUAACGAUCUAAAUACUACCUUGCAAGGGCCUACAUCAGGGAUUAUUAAUAAUGGAUUGCUUGAAGUUAUGUGGAUGCCCGGUGUUUUGGGUCCAAUAAUCGGAACGGGAUGUUUCGAGAUUACUGAGGAUGCUAUUGACUAUAUAGAUUUUGACCUUUCUAAGCCCUUUAAUCAAACUGUAUGGAUCAAUGAAGGCGAUACAUACCCACAAAUACGGUUUCAUGGGCCACCUCUACCAAACAAUAAUGUUUUGCUUCGAGGCCACAAGACACUUCCCUGGCUUCUCUCGGUAUAUUCUAAUGAUACAAUAACUGAUCUAGGAUUAUUUACUUAUACCUAUAACAACCUUACAGGGAUGCUUGAUUAUAUGGCACCAGGGGGGACAUUUACUAUCAACAUUGGAACAGGUUUUAACGAAACUAACUUCCGUAUGGAUGGAGUUAAUGGACCUGCCCUUGAAAUACCCCCACCUACCAUCCCACAAGAACGUCCAUCAAACUGUCCAACUGAUCCUAAGGGAGGGCUUAAAGGUCUCGAAUCUAAUUCCUACAGCUGUCUUAACGUCGCACGAAUACCUUUCCCCGAAACCUCUGUUGGAUCAUAUUAUCAGGAUAGUAUAACCGAAAUUAUUUCUUAUUACUCUACCAUAGCUUCUGAUAGAUUACCCACAACUGUAACAGUAACCAAAUACUAUAUUCCGUCAAUUGCUAUACCUUCUGUAUACACGACUACCGUUACAGAAAGUAAUCUCGGUUCAACAUAUACCGAAGUACUAUCAUUUUACGCAACACCUAGUACAUAUAUGGGUUUAACGGAUAUCCCAUUUAUUAGAACAACUAUUUCGACAAUUACCGCGUUCCCAUCACCAUAUACAACAACACUUACUACUGACAGUAUGCUAGCUUCUGCAGUAGUUUCGUUUUAUACCACUGAAAAUAGUAGCAGUGUAUUUACUGCAUCAACUACUUCAUUUUUCACUGAAACAAAAAAUGUUACGAAAACUGUGACCGAGUAUCCUAUGGGAACUGUUUACCCAACGACUCGAAUUGAAAAACUAAUUUCUGGCACCGCCACUACUACUUAUUCCACAUCAAUUGAAACUUAUGUUAUAAAAAUGCAUACUUGA